AUGCUAGAGACGAUUCGCGGAGCGUCACAUGCCGUCACAUGGAUCGAUUUCAAUGGGCAGACGAAGAAGAGAAAUGGAGGACGAUGUGAGAGUAGAGUUAGGGUUUCAAAGAUUCAAAAGAUUUCGAUUUCUUCGGCAUGUAUUGUAUACGACAGACAUGGAGGCUCACGCGUCACACACACUUGCUGUGACCGGUUACACCGGUUACUAGUGAAAGAGAUUGAAGAAGAUGGAGUGGAAACAAUGUUGUUGGAUUGGGAAAAGGUGAUGGUGGCGUGUUUUCAGAAGAUGGAUGAUGAAGUGAGUGAUUGUUGGAGGGUGGUAGCGGUGGAGAGUACGGCGGCGUUGUCAGUAGGGUCAACGGAGGUGGUGGCGAUGGUGCGAGAAGUGGAGGUGGGGGUUGCGAAUUGCGGCGAUUCGAGAGUUGUGAUGUCGCGAGGAGGUGUCGUAAUAUCUAUGUCUGAUGAUCUUAAGAUAGGAAUUUAA